AAAUUGGAAGAUGUAAGUUACUUGAUCCUAAUAACUAAAAAAGGGCCUCAAAUGUCCAGAUUUGGAAGAUUUGGCUUAUUAUGAAUAUUGAUUCUCCUCUGAAAAAUGAACGCAAACGCACUGAUAACUCUGAUUCUAGUUUAAGCGAAUAUGACCCUGAAUUAUGCCGAGAAUUCCAGUUGAACUUCUUUUCUAAUUUAUCUGACCUUCUCAGGUCUACCUCCCUCUGUAACAUAUUGCAAUCCCAUUCCAAGAUUCUAGUCAUUAACUCUAAAGUUCCCCUGCUAAAAUGUCUGAAAUCAAUGUCAAACUAUCAUUUGGAUUUUGCCCUGAUCUAUGAUUCUGAAUCCAUGGCUAUUUCUGGAUACAUAGAUGAAUUCGCCCUCAUUAAAAUAAUCAUAAACUUUGAUAGCUACAUCGGAUUAAACUGCGCUCAAUUCCUAAAGGUAGAAAGCGACUCGACUGUGCUACACAAAUUACCAGUAACCUCGACCUCAUAUGAAGGAUUUGAAUAUACUCUCAGAAACAUGGCAAAUCGUGUUUUUGUUUGGUCAGAUGAUAGGAAAGCACCAAUUGGAUUUGUGACACCUUCUUGCUAUUUGGUGUAUUUAGUAAAAAACUUAAGGGGAAAACAACGUUUACUUGAAUUACCGCUAAAGUCAAUCGCUGUCAAUCAUAAUUUUAAUAAAAUUUUUUAUCAAUCCACACUCAAAGAGGCAUUGGAAUUUCUCAAUUUUGAAGAUAACUUGGGACUAGUUGAUCUUGAAGGGAAGUUGGUUGGAGUUUUAACAAGGCGUAAAGUAACAUAUUAUUGCCUGAAGCAAAUUUUAAAAGAAUCGCAAGUGAUACUUUCCACUACGUUGGAACAGUUGAAUAAUCAUGUGGAUCACAUUUUUAAUAAGAAACGCCGAAAUUUAAGUGUUGAAGGAGGAAUUUCACUUUACAAGGCCAUCGCUUGUAUUUUAGUAUCAAAUGAAAGGAUUUUAGCGUAUAGAGAUGAGAAUGGCGUGGAUUUAUUAGUUACGGUUUGGGACAUAUUUCGUUUUUUUGGUUUUUCAUAGAGUGUGGGAAAUUUUCCCCAAAAUUUUAA